ACGGCGAGGAAAAGUAACCUAAUUUCUAAGUGGAAGGGUUUGAGGCAAAAAGGCUAUAUCUUUGCUUUGCAGCGUUAAGAAGGGUCUCUUUAAGCGAGGCAAUUUUUCUUCUUCCUUCGCCGCUGCGGAUACUCCCAACAAGCUAUUCUUCGAUCUGCCAGUUUUUGACUACAAGAAACCAUGGGAAAAGAAAAGACUCACAUCAACAUUGUGGUCAUUGGUCAUGUCGACUCUGGAAAGUCAACUACUACUGGGCAUCUGAUCUAUAAGUUGGGUGGCAUUGACAAGCGUGUUAUUGAACGUUUUGAGAAGGAAGCUGCUGAGAUGAACAAGAGGUCAUUCAAGUAUGCUUGGGUGCUUGAUAAGCUAAAGGCUGAGCGUGAACGUGGUAUUACUAUUGAUAUUGCAUUGUGGAAGUUUGAGACCACUAGGUACUACUGCACUGUGAUUGAUGCUCCUGGACAUCGUGAUUUCAUUAAGAACAUGAUUACUGGGACAUCACAGGCUGAUUGUGCAGUGCUGAUUAUUGAUUCAACAACUGGAGGUUUUGAGGCUGGUAUUUCUAAGGAUGGACAGACCCGAGAACAUGCUUUGCUGGCAUUCACCCUGGGAGUGAAGCAAAUGAUUUGCUGCUGUAACAAGAUGGAUGCUACUACUCCCAAAUACUCUAAGGGUCGUUAUGAGGAAAUUGUAAAGGAAGUAUCCUCUUACCUGAAAAAGGUUGGAUACAACCCUGACAAAAUUCCAUUUGUUCCAAUCUCUGGAUUCGAGGGUGAUAACAUGAUUGAGAGAUCAACCAACCUUGAUUGGUACAAGGGCCCAACACUAUUGGAUGCCCUUGACCAGAUUUCAGAGCCUAAACGUCCUUCAGACAAGCCUCUUAGGUUGCCACUUCAGGACGUUUACAAGAUUGGUGGUAUUGGAACUGUGCCUGUGGGACGUGUUGAGACCGGAGUGUUGAAGCCAGGCACAAUUGUCACUUUUGGUCCAACUGGGCUGACCACUGAAGUAAAGUCCGUUGAAAUGCAUCAUGAAGCUCUGCAGGAGGCAUUACCUGGUGAUAAUGUGGGAUUCAAUGUUAAGAAUGUUGCUGUGAAGGAUCUCAAGAGAGGAUUUGUGGCCUCAGACUCCAAGAAUGACCCAGCCAAGGAGGCUGCUAACUUUACAUCUCAGGUCAUUAUUAUGAAUCAUCCAGGCCAAAUUGGCAAUGGGUAUGCACCUGUGCUGGAUUGUCACACAUGCCACAUUGCUGUGAAGUUUUCUGAGAUCCUGACCAAGGUUGACAGACGAUCUGGCAAGGAGCUUGAGAAGGAACCUAAGUUCCUUAAAAAUGGUGAUGCUGGAUUUGUUAAGAUGAUUCCAACCAAGCCUAUGGUUGUGGAAACUUUCUCUGAAUACCCACCAUUGGGUCGUUUUGCUGUGAGGGACAUGCGACAGACUGUUGCUGUUGGAGUCAUUAAAGCUGUCGAGAAGAAGGAGCCAAGUGGUGCCAAGGUCACCAAGGCUGCUGCUAAGAAGAAGUGAAAGUCUAAGCAAACUGUGCAAGAGCUUAGGCAUGCGGGAAGUGUUCUGUUAGUUGGUCUGUUGGGUUUCUGCACUUAUGGUAUGGUAAUAGGUACUUUAUUAGCUUGUCAUAUGCAAAACUGGGUUCUUGAUAGACGGUGGCAUAGUUCAUUUAUUUACUGCUUGACAUUUUAGUGUUUGGAGAUGCGCUUUUGAUUUCUCAGUUGCGGGGAAAUUUUUGAUUUGUCUGCACUGCAAGGAAAUCUAUGCAGUCUGAGCAGAGGGAGGGAUUUAAAUAAUUUUAAUUAUCAUAUUACAGUGAUUUAAUCUUUUUGAUAUUUUAGAUUUAUUUGAAUGCAUGUAAGAUUUUUGGAAAAUAGCAGUGAAUUGAAUCUUCAUUGAUAUCUUGGCUAA